UGUGAUGCCGUACGGAAGGUCAUCAUUUGAUACCAAUAUAAAGUACGGAGCGAUCGUGAAUUAGUUUUGCAUACAUAAAGAUGAACAACUUGAAUAAAUUAGAUACCGAAGUAGACGUCACUACUUUAGAUUUAAGUAGAAAUGAGGAAAUAGAAAUAAAUGAGGAAGCUGUAAAUCUUCAAAGCGUAGAUAACGAAAAACAAUUAAAAAGUACAGAUUAUGAACCUGAUGCAGUGACAGUUUUGAAGAUGGAUCCGGCGAUUAUAGAAGCACGCGUCGUCAACGACUAUAGCUACGGUGAUCCUUUUCCUGAACAGGAUGAAGAACAAGUUCCAGAAGCGAAUGCGAGCGACUGGGAGGAGAGGCUUGGCUUCGCGGAGUACUUAGCGGCGCUGCAGCAGAGCGCGCGGCUGAGCAUAACGCCGCAGCAGUGUGCGCUGCUCAUCCUUUACGCCAACCAUCUGAAGCGGCUGCCGCCCCGCAACUCACCCGGUGAAUGUGUAUUUUGUAAGAACAAUGGUGAAUCAAUAGCGUGGUAUAGAAGUCACACAAUCAAAGACAGAAGGGGGCGCGUGGUGUGUCCGAUACUGCGGUCGUUCUGUUGCCCCAUCUGCGGGGCGAGCGGCUCACGAGCACACACACCUAAGCAUUGCCCUGUCAAUAAAUACGGGUUCAGUUUCUAACUGAGAAUCACAGAAGCCUCGACUGAUCAAGUUGGGCGCCUACCCAUUGCCGGUACAAACUGUUCAAAGAACACAAUAUUUGUUAUAAGAAAGACGUAAAUGGACGGCACGUUGCUGUGCGUGUGUUUUUCUAUAAUGCGUGUUUUUUUAUAAUUUGGCUAGUGUUAUAUUAAAAAUGGGCAUCUUCUCCAAAGAAGACAAGAAAUAGCAUAUUAUCUUUUUUUUUUAGUUUUUGUUAUACUUUACAAAUGUUAAGCCACGCGUGUUAAACCUUAUGAAUAGAUUGUUGUUUUUUUAAUUAAAAUAAACGUUUUCCUUU